CAUGAACUUGUGUGGAAGUUCAAAGCAAUCUACGGUUUAUUAGUUUCCCACAAUUCCAUUCUUGCAAAGGUCUUCUACUGCGGUACAGAUAAAAACUCCAUUUUAGUUCCUGUCUGCUGAGCACGAAGAGUAGAUGGUAUACGGUACGUCUGUAAAUUGAUCGUCGAUCGCAAUUAGCUUAUCAAGAUAACCAUCAUUUAGCUUAACACCAUCUACCCACAAGAACCAAGCUACUGACCGUUUUAAAUAAAGUUUCAAUCAUGCACCGUCUUCAAAAAAAAAAAUUCAGCUCUGGUAAACCCAAAGAUGGUACGUUCUUGGGAGACGUUGAAGAGAGCAUGGCAGCUGUACAAGGGAAACUUGAUCGACUGAAAAACAUGGAGCUGUUUGUCCUGGACAACUCUAUGCGUGAGACGACUGUAGCUUCUCUUAGGGCACACACUAUUGAGAACAAGCGAGCUAUCUACGAGGAAAUCAAGAAGUGUGGGUUCAAGUACUUCAUAGUGGAGUCAUUCAACAACCAGACAAGGAUUGGGGAUCUGUUCUUGGAAGAACUGAUUGCAAAGGGUGAAGAUCUGUCCAAUGCCUUCGCAUUCUCAGAGCUGUGGGAGAAGAUUGUUGACAAAGUACCUCAACCAGACAUUCCUGUUGGACUUAAAAAGUGUAAACAGUUUGGUAUAAAGAAUGUCUUCCUUGAGUUCGAUCUGAUGUAUUACAAGAUUGAUUAUGAAAAGAUGAACAUGGACGAGGUGUGCAAGUAUUUGAAGGAUAAGAUUGACUGGAUUCGAGCUAAUCUCUCCGAGAAUUCUCUGGUCCUGAUCAACUUCAGGGAUUUCUCCACAACAAUGAUACAAUACCCUGAACGUGUCAGACAUAUUGUUAAUUACCUCGCCAGUCUGCCCAAGAAAGAAAGGAUCCUGGGUGUAGCAUUUGAAGAUCUUGGGGCUGUUCUUCCAGAGCAGCUAGGAGCAUGGACACAUGCUGUCAAGAAUGAGAUGGAGAGAUGUGGAUGGACGGAGGGACAGCUAUUGUUCCAUCAACAUGAGCAGUGGGGUGUAAUGCAUGCAUCUAAUCUGGAGGUGCUUGCUUCCGGAGCUACUGGGAUGUGGGCAGGCUUGUGUAUUGAAGGUGCUGCACUUGGACACGCUGAUACCUGCACUGCCAUUCUAAAUCUCAUCAGACUUGGAAACCAGGCUGUACAGAAACAGUACAACUGCAAAAACCUGAGAAAUGCAGCCAUCAAUGUCACCAGAGCAGUCACUGGUGGUGUCAAACCAAAUCCUAAGCAACCAAUUUAUGGUGAUAGAGCAAUUGAUAUGGUGUUCGGCUUUAUAUUUUCGGAUCCCACUGCACAUGGUGGAUUUGACAUGGCAGAAUUCCUGGGGGUCAAGCGUGAAGUUCGGAUCUCAAACAUGGCAAAUGCUGACAUGAUUCUUAUAAAACUAAAGGAUGUGUUCGGAGAAGACCCACAGUUCACUCUGGAGCUUGCUGGAAAGAUGAAGGAACAAAUGCUGAAAAAUGCAUCAGAAGGCAGAAAGGAAGAAUACAACAGCAAGAUAGGACUAGCCAUGUUAUUCGACCAAGCUGGUGGGAACAUGACAAAAGAAAUGGCGGAUGUUAUUGCCGACGCCAAUAAGACGUUGCCAUUCAUCAACACUUUGAUAGAUGAGAUUAAAGCAGAGUGGGAUGAGUGGGAUGGCAGAGGCGGCGAGGUGGACAACCAGCUCACAUUCGAUCACUUCUACACCGGUUUUAUGUCUCCUUACUUUGGCUGCUACCGAUGCGAGGACAGUCAGCAAGGCUUGAGAGCGCUCGACAUGGAUGCUGAUGGUAUGAUUGACUGGUUUGAGUUUAGACAUUUCUUGCUUUGGGCUGGUAGACAGCAUCCCAAUGUUAAGACUAGUCAGGAACUGCUUGAUAUUGCGUUUAGAGAUGGCCUCAUCCCUGCUAUGAAAGACGAAAUGGAUAAAAAUAAAUAAGGCAUUGAGGACAAAUAAUAAGGUUGAUUUUAACAGCCUUCAAAUACUUAUGAUUAAUAAAUAAUAAAGUAAUUUUUUAUAAGAAUUUAACAGGUUUUUACUAAUUUGCCUUUAGUUUAAUUUUGUUGUGCCCUAAAAACUUUUAAUUUAAAUUAAUAGUAAUAGUAAUAGUAAUUACAGAUACACAAGAAUUUAAUAAAUUAUUUACGAAUCGCCAUGUUUUCUGCAGUAUAGUUCUUGACGAUAAAUAAUAAUGAAUGUAAUACCAGAAUUUAACACAGAUUUUUGACUAAUUGCCAUGUCUUUGCAUUCCAAUACAAUAUUAAUUUAUGUGAAAAGGAUAUUGUAUUGUGUAUAUAGGAUAUGUAAUAGGAAAAUUAAACAAUAAUCAUCAAACUUGUUAUGAACCCUAUAUGCUAUUAUAGAAUUAAAACGGUAUUAAUAUGCAUGCCAAUAAAUUAUAUAAGGGAUUCUUUCGGUUUCUGUAAUAUUGAGUUGCAUGAUUUGCGUACUAAUUAUUUAGACUUGGUUUCAGGAUUGUUAAAAAGUUUCACUAUACAUUACUGAUAUUUCAUUGUAUACAAAUGUUGUUCUAUUCAUUUACACUGAAGCUGAAGAUGGAAAUUUUGUUCCUGAAGCUUUUCUUAAUGAAUAAAUUCUAUUAUGCUAACCAUAAAA